AUGAGAUUCAGUAUGGAAGAAGAAACGGGAAGGAUAAAAGAUUGCUGGGAUAACCAGGAAGUUCCUGCAUUGUCUACAUGUAGCAAUGCCAAUAUUUUUUCGAAGAUAAAUGCCAUUUUGGAUGAUUCACUGGACUUCAGUAUCUGCACAACACCCAUAAAUCGAGGAAUUCAUGAUCGAGCACCAGCAGACUUCCAGGACUCUGAAGAAGCAGUUACAAGCAGGAUGCUUUUUCCCACCUCUGCGCAAGAAUCUCCCCGUGGCCUUCCAGAUGCAAAUGGCUUGUGCCUUGGCCUGCAGUCACUCAGUCUGACUGGCUGGGACCGACCCUGGAGCACUCAGGACUCUGAUUCUUCAGCCCAGAGCAGUACACAGUCGGUAUUAAGCAUGCUCCAAAAUCCACUGGGAAAUGUCCUAGGAAAAACCCCCUUGAGCUUCCUGUCUCUGGAUCCCCUUGGGUCUGACUUGGACAAGUUCCCAGCACCCUCAGUUAGAGGAUCUCGCCUGGACACCCGGCCCAUCCUGGACUCCCGUUCUAGCAGCCCCUCUGACUCAGACACGAGUGGCUUCAGCUCUGGAUCAGAUCAUCUCUCAGAUUUGAUUUCAAGCCUUCGCAUUUCCCCUCCUCUGCCCUUCCUUUCUAUGACGGGGAAUGGUCCCAGAGACCCACUAAAGAUGGGAGUUGGGUCCCGAAUGGACCAAGAACAAGCUGCUCUUGCUGCAGUUACUCCCUCUCCAACCAGUGCUUCAAAGAGAUGGCCAGGAGCUUCUGUGUGGCCAUCCUGGGACCUUCUCGAAGCUCCUAAAGACCCUUUCAGCAUAGAAAGAGAAGCUAGACUACACCGGCAGGCUGCAGCUGUGAAUGAAGCUACCUGUACCUGGAGUGGCCAGCUUCCUCCCCGAAACUAUAAGAACCCCAUCUACUCGUGCAAGGUGUUCCUAGGAGGUGUUCCUUGGGAUAUUACGGAAGCUGGAUUGGUUAACACCUUCCGUGUUUUUGGCUCUCUGAGUGUGGAGUGGCCUGGUAAGGAUGGCAAGCACCCCCGGUGUCCUCCCAAAGGUAAUAUGCCUAAAGGGUAUGUGUAUUUGGUGUUUGAACUAGAGAAGUCUGUCCGGGCCUUGCUUCAGGCUUGUUCUCAUGACCCGAUGAGCCCAGAUGGCCUGAGUGAAUAUUAUUUCAAGAUGUCCAGCCGAAGGAUGCGCUGCAAAGAGGUGCAGGUAAUCCCUUGGGUCUUGGCUGACAGCAACUUUGUCUGGAGCCCAUCUCAGAGACUGGAUCCCAGCAGGACGGUGUUUGUUGGUGCCUUGCACGGAAUGCUCAAUGCUGAGGCUCUGGCUGCCAUCUUGAAUGACCUAUUUGGUGGAGUGGUGUAUGCUGGGAUUGACACAGAUAAGCACAAGUACCCCAUUGGGUCUGGUCGCGUGACUUUCAAUAACCAACGUAGUUACCUGAAAGCAGUCAGCGCUGCUUUUGUGGAGAUCAAAACCACCAAGUUUACCAAGAAGGUUCAAAUUGACCCCUAUCUAGAAGAUUCUCUGUGUCUUAUCUGCGGUUCACAGCCUGGCCCUUUCUUCUGUCGUGAUCAGGUGUGCUUCAAGUAUUUUUGCCGAAGCUGCUGGCACUGGCGACACAGCAUGGAAGGCCUGCGCCAUCACAGCCCCCUGAUGAGGAACCAGAAGAACUGA